CAUAAUUCUGCUUGCCAACGGCCGGCAAGAUGCCUCAGCAGACGAGCUUCGAGGAGCUGGCGACGCCCCGCGACCCACCGCCCAUGAUGACAUUGGAGCAGCAGCGACAGAACCAGGAAGGCGACCUUGACGAGAUCCUCGCGGGGGCGAAGCGCAUCAAGAACCACGCGAUAGCUGCGCAGGACGAGGUCGCUGCACAGGACGUCAUCAUCUCCAACCUUGGACAGACAACAGUCGCUGCCACCGCCGAGCUCACGGCCCAAGCAGAGGUGGCCAAGGCUGUCAACAAGCGCAAGAAGCAGGUCUGCGCCUACUACAUCAUCAUCGCCAUCUUGACGGUCGCGCUCAUCUUGAUCCUAAUUCUUAUUCCGUAAUGUGCAGCGUACGGAACGUUGUCUUGCAUCGGCUGUGUGUAUGGACCAAGUAGACUUAAGUACAGCUGACAUCGCUCCUCGUUAAGUAUUACAAAACACGAGGCAACUUAGUAGCGGUA